CGUGUCGUUCUGUCAAAAAUCUAACCUGUCCGAUUACUGAUAUCCGAUUUGUUUACAAAUAUACAAGUAAAGUUAAAAGUUUUAAAAUGAGUUUCCGUAAUUAUAAACAGAAAAUUGAUGAGGGGGAUACAGUGAUAGUGUAUUUAAGUAAUACGAUAUACGCUAUAGAAGUCCGGCCGGAAAUAAAAAAUAAAAAAGGUGACAUUAUUGAAAACGUGUUUCAAACACAGUUUGGCGCGUUAAAAAUAAAAAACUUAAUUGGAGCUGAAUAUGGGUCUCGCAUUGAGUUAUCAAAAGGAUGGGGCCAUGUACUACAGCCAACUCCAGAGCUCUGGUCCUUGACGCUCCCUCAUAGAACACAAAUAAUAUACACUCCUGAUAUCAGUAUGAUUAUGUUGCAAUUGGAUUUGGUUCCGGGAAGUAUUGUUAUUGAAGCUGGAACGGGCAGUGGGUCCCUGACCCACGCUCUGAUACGUCGAGUGCGGCCCCAUGGCCACGUGUACACGUUUGACUUCCACGAACAUCGGACGAAAGUAGCAACGGAGGAGUUUGAAGAGCAUGGGCUUGCUGACUUUGUUACGGCACAACACAGGGACGUACUUGAGGAGGGCUUCGGCGAAGACUUACAAGGCAAGGCGGAUGCCGUGUUCUUGGACUUACCUAGUCCGUGGCGCGGUGUGACUCACGCGGUUGCGGUUAUGAAGGAUCAAG